UUUUCUCUAUAUAUCGCCCACUACUUUUUAUGAAAAAUCCGCCUUUCUUGUUUUCAUCGUCCCUUGCUGCCAUAAUCCUCUGUUUUUAUGGCAGAAUCUAAGUUGUUCAAUGCCGCCGCCAACACCAAGAAGCUCUCAGGCAAAGUAGCGAUAGUCACCGGUGGUGCCAGCGGUAUUGGCGAGGCCACCGCUCGUCUUUUCGCCGAUAACGGUGUACUUAUGGUGGUUAUUGCUGAUAUACAAGAUGAAUUAGGGAAGCGAGUGGCUGCAUCAAUUGGACAAAACAAGUGUAGCUACGUACACUGCGAUGUUUCUAAGGAAGAUCAAGUGAAAUCGCUAGUGGAAUCGACGGUUUUGAAGUACGGUAGACUAGAUAUAAUGUUUAGCAAUGCUGGGAUCGUUACAAACUCAGAUCAGACUGUCCUUGAUCUUGACCUCUCAGCGUUUGACAAUUUAUUUGCAAUCAACGUCCGUGGAAUGGCCACGUGUGUAAAGUACGCAGCGCGUGCAAUGGUGAAUGAUCACGUGAGAGGGAGUAUAGUGUGCACAGCAAGCGUGGCGGCUAGCAAAGGCAUGAAGAGGCGGACAGAUUAUAGCAUGUCGAAGCACGCAGUGUUGGGGCUGGUGAAGUCGGCGAGCGUGCAGCUGGGGGUGCACGGGAUUAGAGUGAACUGCGUAUCACCGUUUGGUGUUGCGACGCCGAUGACGCUUCAGGCUUACGAGAAGAGCGUGGAAGAAGUAGAGAGCAUGUAUGAGGAGAACAUGAGCUUGAAAGGAGUGGUAUUAAAGGCGAGAAACGUAGCAGACGCUGUGUUGUUUCUUGCGUGUGAUGAGUCUGGGCUAGUCAGUGGGCAUGACCUUGUGGUUGACGGAGGCUAUCUAAGUCAUUAAUCGGCUCCCAUUUCAGGCUUUGCUUUGUUCUUUAUAAUGUCAGGUUUGGGUUCCGAUUGGAGGAGGGCCUGAAGCAAUUUGUUGGGUCUUUUAGUUGAACCCAACUAAGUGGGGUUGGCAAGACUUUAAAAAAUAAAAUAAGUGUCUAUUUGAAUCAUUGAA